UUCUAACUCAUGUUUUCUUUCUCUUAAACCCUUACCCCAUUUGCGCAUUUGGAGAAAAACCCUAGCCCCCAAUUUUCUCUCUCUUCUUCCUUCGGUCAUUCUUCAGCCACCAUGACAGGGGAAAUUGUUAACCCAAAAGCAUACCCUUUGGCAGAUGCCCAAUUAACAAUUACAAUCAUGGACCUUGUUCAGCAAGCUGCUAAUUACAAGCAGCUUAAGAAGGGUGCUAAUGAAGCAACAAAAACUUUGAACAGAGGUAUUGCUGAAUUUGUAGUCAUGGCUGCUGAUACUGAGCCCUUGGAGAUUCUUCUCCAUCUCCCUUUGUUGGCUGAGGAUAAGAAUGUUCCCUACGUGUUUGUGCCCUCAAAAUCAGCCCUUGGCCGUGCAUGUGGUGUUACAAGACCAGUUAUUGCUUGCUCAGUGACCUCCAACGAAGGAAGCCAAUUGAAAUCACAAAUCCAACAACUCAAGGACGCAAUUGAGAAGCUUUUGAUUUGAGAAGUAGUAGCUAAAUGCCUGUUCGGAGUGAUAGGCCUCUUGGAUUGUAAACGAGUGCUCCUUGGAGGCUUUGACUGAUGAAGUUGUGCCACUAGGGGAAGAGUCUAUUUUUUCUUUCUUUUUUGGUAAUUUUCGUAAUGGAUCACUGUUAUUGAGAGUCGAAUUUAGAACUUUGGAUUCUGAUGUGAGCUAAAUCAAAUUAAUAGUUGGUAAUCUAUAAAAACUUGGUGACUUUACUUACUGGUUUA